UAAUAACUUUUCACAUCUACUUAUAAAUAAGUGACAAGUAUGUCAAUGAAAUAUAUUUUUGAUUAUAAAAGUGAUUAAAUAAGAUUAUAUGAAGAAAAUUUGAUUAUAUAUAAACUAAAAUAAAUACUGAAAAUUGUGGAACAAAUUAUGGCAACCUUUAACAAAAAGUUAUAGAUAAAGACAAGAAACAUGAAAUAAACCUCCUUAAUUGAAUUCAUUGGUACUGGAAAGGAGUUGUUACUCUCUGAACUUCCAACAUAUAGAGACACACUUCGAUAUGCAGUUCUAUUAAGAGAACAGUGUGAUAAAAACUCCAAAACUUUUUAAAUAAAAGAUAUGGCAAAAAAGGUAGCAUGUUCUGUUAUUGUCCAAUGGCAAAAAGCAAACGCUAAUUUUAAAGCUCAUAUUAUUUAUUCUGAAAAGAAUAUCGUGUACAAAAUUAUAAAAGCUUGGAACAUUGCAUUUUUAAUAUCUGUGAACAAAGAAAAUAAAAAAAAUAAGAAAGAGUUUAUAUUAAAGCUCGAUAAGUUGUUUGAUAUUUUAAAUUGUAAGUGUCAAAUUUCUUAUUGUAAAGAAUUUGGAUGCAAAGUUGUUUGUAAACAACAAGCCCACAUUACAUGCAACUGCUCUAAGGAGUUUAAAAUUCCUAUUAUAGACAUUUUUUAUAUUAAAACUGAAAGAGAUAAAGUUGGUGCUAGAGGAUUGCUUCAAAUAUCUUCCAAAGAUUUUCCUGAACACAACAAACAAGUUAAAACAUUACAUAACCAUUCUAUUAAAGAAGCUUUUAAGAGAAAAAGGGAAGAGAGCAUAACAACAAAUAAAAUUUUAAGCAAUGAUUUUUCAAAGACUGAAGAUGAACUCUCUUACGAAGAAUUCAACAAAGAACCUUGUACUUCAAGUUAUUCGAAAAUAAAAAAGUCUAAAUAUAAUACUAAAAGUAUUCGAAAUGUCGCAAUAAAUAGCCUAAGAUACGGAGUUUCUUCUAGAGCUGCUGCAGCUUUGACGACAGCUGCCUGGAUUGAUGCUGGAUUAAUUUCUGAGAAAGAUACACAGUUUAUUGUCGAUCAUCAAAAAAUUGUAAGAGCUCAAGCUAAAAUCAUGAUUGAACUAAAAAAUGAAAAUUUAAAAUCUAUAGACAAUGGGAAUAUCAAUUGUAUUUUGUUUGAUAGUAGAAAAGACGUUACAAAAGUAAAAUUAGAAGUAGAAGGAUCCAGUAACUUUUUUCACGGAUCUAUUAAAGAAGAACAUUACACUACAUGCAUGGAACCAGGUGGCAAAUUUUUGUUUCAUUCUACACCAAAAAAAUCAACUGAAGAAGGAAAACAUCCCGAAAUAGUAGCCAACCAUUUAGUUGAAUGGAUGAUUCGACAUGGUGUUGACAAAUCAAUACAAGCAUUGGGCGGUGAUUCAACAAAUGUGAAUACUGGAUGGGAAGGAGGUGUCAUACAGUUUGUAGAAUUAAAACUUAAUAAAAGGUUGAAUUAGCUUAUAUGCGCUCUUCAUACUAAUGA